AAAUAAUGGCAGAUUUUUGGAAACCUACAGCUGAUUUAUAUAGUGCUUUAUUUGAAAAGCCUAAAAUGUCAUAGAAAUUACUUGAAAAGCCUCCAUUUAAAUAUAUAUUUGAUAUAAUAAUGGAGACAACUAAAUAAACAGGUUUCAAAUUUAAAUUUAUAUUAGGUUAUGCAAAAGGCCUUUAUACAGGUGACGAAUUAGAUGGAAAUGCAUAUGAUAAUAAAGAUAAGAAGCUUUUAUUCUUAUAGAAAAUAAUAGAUUUGACAUCUAUGAUGUUAAAGGAAGAAAUAGCUGCAAAACCAGGAAAAAUAGCUGCAGGUUUAGAACCCGAGAACACAAAUUUAUUAUUGUAAGCAAUAUAUCGAGCAGCUGUUAGUGGUAAAAAUAGUGAUCCUUUUGUUAAAAAAGUACUAUUGUUAUAUAAUUAAUAUUUAGAUUUUAGGAGGAGCAGGAGCAAAAGAUCCUGAACCUUAAAAAAAAGAAUAGCCCAAGCCAGAAUCUAAAGCUUAAUAACCUCCUCCAAAAGAAUAAGCAGCACCAUAAGUAAAGGAGGAAAAGAAGCCUGAAGAAAAAAAAACAGCUUAACCAAAAGAAGAUCCAAAACCAAAAUAAUAAGUUUAAUAACCUCCAGUUUAAUAACCUAAAGAAACUUAAAAAUAAUAAUAACCUCCUCCAUAAUAAUAAUAAUAAUAAUAAUAAUAAUAAUAAUAAUAAUAAUAAUAAUAAUAAACAUAAGAAGGGAAUGUACGACCUUCUACUGCCAAAAAAAGACCACCUUAAUUACCUAGUAAUUAAGUUUAAGUUGAGUAAAAUUAAAAGAAAGGAGGAACAGCUAAUGUAAUUAUAGAAGGCAAAGGAAAUAAUGAUGAUGAUGAUGGAAUUGUUAUUUAAGGGAAUGUUAAACCUAAUUCUGAUAUUAAUGCUUAAGAAUAUGGUAAAUUUGUUAGGGAUAAUAUGAAAAAUUAAGAUAAGGGUAAAGAAGAAGAAAAAGAUAAGGAUUAACCUUAAGAAGGAAUUAAAAUGAAGAGAAUAGGAAAAGUUAAUGUUUAAAAAGGUAUUAAUUUAAUUUUUAUUAUUAGAUAAAAUUAAAGAAGAAAUUGCAUAAAAUCUAGGAACAUCCUAAGUUUCUGAUACUAUAGUAAUGCAAAAAUUAAUCCAAUCUAUGAGCCAGAAUGUGAAUCCUUUAGCAAAAUAAAUUGAAUUUAUUUAAGAUGAUAUUGAAAAUAUGAAUAGGGAAUUGUAAUAAUGGAGAAAGAUUUAUAAUGUUUCUAAAUAAAAAAUGGUUGAUAUGAAUAGAGCAACUGAAGAAGUAAUAAAUAUUCAUUAAUUAUUAGGCUUAAUAACCAUUAUAUGAUAAAAUUGCUGAAGUAGAAGAAGUUAUAAAAGAAAAAAAAUCUAAAAUUUAAAACAUUAAAGCUUAAAUUAUAAAAAAUAAAUUACAAAUAGAUUAAUUGUUAAAAGCAGUUUUAGUAUAAAAAUGAG